CCCAGCUGCAGUGCUUGAAGGGCAGACAAGCGCUGAGUAUCGUUUGGGGCUUUCAUUCCUCCUGCUAGUCCUAGUUUGCAGAAACAGGACUUUGGACACCCUGUGAAUAAACAAGGCUGCACUCAAGACAAUACGGGACUCCAUCAUGAAUUUGUACUCCCAGCUGGGACAUCGCUAGGGCCCCAAACUUGAAUUAGCUGUUUGGGUCAGAGGUGUAACACUACCAGAGAGAAGAGAAGCCAGCAAAGAGAGGAGAGAUAGCCCAUUGUUUUGGCCAAAAGAACAUGAUCGUUGCAGCAGGCAGCAUUCUGAAUGGAUACGAGUGGGGGCCAGACUGCAUUUGUCAGGCCAGAGAGAAGGCUGCAACUAUGGGGAUGGAAAGAAACAGUCUCAGGCCAGGGCUUUCCAGGCAGCACCAACCCGGGCAGUUUUAUUUCGGGGGCUGGGAGCCCAAAGCCAGACCCCCAGCACUGGACUGUAGACAAAGCUCAUGCCCAGGUUCGCCAGGAAACUCUGAGCAUGAAGCUUCUCAUUGCUGUCCUGUCCCUGGCUGUGCUAGGCUUCCAGGCCUCUCCCCUCAGCGAGAAACCCAGGCCAAAGUUGGACCAGGUCGCAGAUGCCAUCCCACACUACCUGGAGCAACUUAUCACAACGAUCGUGGAGCUGAUCCAGAAAUCCGAGCUGGGCCAGGAGAUCGAGCAGUGGAGGCUCGCCAGAAAAAUUGAGAACUUCUUUGAUGACCUAGAACGUAAGGUGCCCCCCAAGGCCCAGGAGCAGCUGAGGAACCUGAGCAGGCAUGUAGACGCGCUGGUGGAGGUAAGCGUGGCAGAGCUGCGGGAACUGGAGAGGAAGGUGCAGCCCUACAAGAAGCAGCUGCAUGCUGUCCUGGUGUCCUACACUGAGGGGCUGCUGGAGAUGGCGGAGCAGUACAGCAAGACCCUGCUUGGUCGCCAGGCAUACAGCUUCAUCCCAUCUAGGGUGGAGCUACAGGAGAAGCUGGGCUCCUAUGUCCAGGAGCUGGGGCUGCAGGAGUUCCAGCAUGGCCUGGCAGCCUACGCCAGGGACCUGCACCAGAAGCUCAGCCCCUAUGCUGAGGACUUGCAUGGCUGGCUGAACUCCCACUGGGACGCCUUCAUGUAAUGUUUCAGUGAGGAGACCGGUGGAGGUGCAGCGUCAUAGGCCCUGUCCAUACCUGGAACCCAAGGCUGUAAGGCACCCCACAGCAGGCUCCCUGCCCCAUACAGCUGUCCAUCACUCAAUAAACCAGCUGCUUGA